GUUUAGGCUAUUUUAGUGCAGAUGUGUGUACGCCCUUCCCAUAAUAAUUCCAUACUUCCAAGCGUGUAAUUACAUUCAGACAACACAUUGUAGGACCUGCUCUUACUAUAAAAGGUUUUAUAUGUCCACGCAUAUCAUAUAUAUGUGUGUCUGUGUAUGUGUGUGUGUGCAUACACACACUCAAGCGUUAACAGUAAAAUGUAUAAGCAUUAUAUUUGCAUCAUAUGUUCUGGGACUGAACUCCAACUGACAAGAAAUUUGUCUGAUCUGAAUUAGAGCGUGUUAUAAAUGUAAAGCGCAUCAGAGUUUUUGAGAAUUAACACACACACACAAAGAUUAAAACACCUGUUCAUAUCAGAUUUUGAAAGGACAGUAUUGGGGUGUGACCUUGGUGUAGCUCAGUGGUAGGGCACAUCUUUAGUGUGCACAAGACCUUGGGUUUGAUCCCUAGCAUCACAUUUCUCUAAAAGAAAAAGUAUUUUCGAUAUACUGGGCCAAGUAAAAUUCUAAUUAAUUCCAUCAGUUUUCUACCACGAUUGUUACUCGUUUUGAAAAAUUAUUUUUGUGACUUCAAAUCUUUCUGUGGGACAGGAUUGCUUGAAGAAAGGCAUUAACAAACAGUGUCCUGUGGCCAAAUACAGACUGCCCAUUUUCUACUUUGAAACAGGGUCUCUUGUAGCCCUUACUGGCCUGUGUGUGAGUCACCACACGGUUUUAGGGCUUUAUGUCGUGCUGAGGAGCAAACUCUGGCCCCUGUGCUUGCUAGAAAGCAUUUGCUGACCUCCUGCCCUGGAACAACACCUGGUAUGGACUUACAUACAGUGCAUGAGUCCAAGCAAGUUGCUAUAUAGUGACUAGAAUUGAAGCUCAUACGCUGAAAGGAGAGGAAGCAUCCCGGACGCUUUGUCACUUGUUUAACAGAAGAAAGAAUCUUGUAAACUCUUCGGCAGCUGUGGUCAAGGGAAUAAAAGAGAUUUUCUGUUGUUAGAUGAAAUUCAUCUCCCAGACUUACUGUGCAAAUUGAGGUAACCUGAGCGUGAAUAGCGUCAUAGACUUGCUCAGUAAACAUUCAUUGCCUCCCACUGUUAAGAGCUGUGAAGAUGUCUGACAAAAAACGUAUCAUUGCCAAGGCUUCCCUGAUUGAGCAGCUGGUGGCUAAAAGGUAUUUUGAGGAUAUUGGCAAACAUCUGACUGAGCUUGAAAUGAUAUAUGUGUCUAAGGAGCAUCUCCAGGAAACAGAGUUAGUCAGAGCUGUAUACAGAGUCCUCAAAAACUGCCCCUCCGUGUCUUUGAAAAGGAAGGCCAAGUGUCUGCUGGCAAAGUGGAGAACUUUCUAUAAGAGUACACACCUCAAAACAAAGGAAAGCCUUAAAUUACUCCCUUCUAAUGUUAAUGAAGAAAAAGGUGCAGCAGUUUCUCUGGAGGUGAGCCAGGAUGAGGCAUCAGGUUUUAGCCAUGAUGAGAUGGCAGGUCUCUGCAGUUCUCUCUCUAGGCUGGCAUCUCAAGAUGCUGAAAAGUAUGCUGCAGCAGUUGGGUCUGAAAGUAGCACCACUCAAAUGGAAAUUAAUGAAGAAUAUUUGGAGGGUGUUGACCCUGAAUCUACUAGCAAGAGCUCAAGUGUGGUACAAGAUCCCCUGGUGUCUGUUAGAUCUAAAUGUGUAGAGCUUCUUUACAGAGCGUUAGCUAGUUUUUCCACAAAUGACAUGAAAACUCAUUUGUGGCAGAGAUUUGCAAGAGAAAUUGAAGAGCAUAUUUUUGCCCUUUAUUCAAGCAACAUCAAAAAAUACAAAACUUGUAUUCGAAGCAAAGUUGCCAAUUUGCACAACCCCAGGAAUUCUCAUUUACAACAAAGCCUGCUGUCUGGAACCAUGUCUACAAGAGAAUUUGCUGAAAUGAGUGUCCUGGACAUGGCAAAUGAGGAACUGAAGCAGCUGAGAGCUUUCUACACAGAAGCCAGUAUUCAGGAACAUCACCUUCCCCACACAGUUGACGGCACACAGACAGAUAAAAUAAAGUGCAAGCGCUGUGAGAAAUACAACUGCAAGGUCACUGUAAUUGCCAGAGGAACACUUUUCCUUCCCGUUUGGGUGCAGAAUUCAAACCCAGAUGAACAAAUGACCUAUGUCAUUUGUAAUGAAUGUGGGGAACAGUGGUACCAUAACAACUGGGUGUGCUUGUAAUUUGUAUAUAAUCCCUUCAGGGUUAUGUUUUACAUGUAUAACAUAACCCCUUUGUGCUCAUUUUUUAACAGAAUCUUACUGUUAUUUUUGUCUGGGAUUUUGGUUUUUGAAAGAGCUCACUAUGUAGGCAAAGCUGGCCUCAGUCUCCUGAAUGCUGGAAUUACAAGUGUACACUGCCACACCUGGCUCGGUAUAUUGUCCUACUCCAGUUCUGGGAACAAGGAACGAGAGUUGUUUGCCAAAGUUAAGAUCAUUGUUGCUAAAAGUUGUUUGGGAAGAGUAGAAGACCAUCACUCUGUACUUUGUGGCCAUUUAUAGAGUGGCAGUGUAGCACCACAUGGCCUAAGAGCAUGUUAGAGGGACAAACUCUGACCCUAUACUCCUCUGAGUCCUGAUCUGCAUAUGGCAGAAUCCCCAGGCCAUCCUCUGAGAUACCUUGAGAAGCUCUGAUAGAGCUGCAGGCCUGUGGCUCUCAGGAGUGACUAUACAUUGGAGUUUACUGGAGAGCAUUAAAAGUAUACAGGUGCCAAGGGUCAAGCCUAGAAUAAUUCAGUCUGAAUCUAUGGCAUGGGACCCAGGCAUCAACAUUGCUCUGGUCAUUCAUUUCUCAGUUUAAGUUGUAGUUAGAGUUGAGAACUACAUGUAAAUAGUCUCUCAUGUGAACCUUUCUAUAGUUCUGAAUGUUACUCUGGAGACUUGACAGAUGAGGAAAGAGGCCCACGGAGCUUCAGUGGCUUAACCAUGUUACAUAACUAUAGGUAGUCUGCCUCAUAUUUUCCAGCGUCCUUAUGACGUAAGUGUGAUGGCACAUGUCUGUAAUCCCAAUGCUAUGGAGGAUGAGGCAGGAGGAUUUAAGUGGGUUCAGGGGCAGUUUAGAUUGUAAAG